UGUGUGACACCCGGGGGAUGUACCUGUUCCCAAGGUUCUCUGCAGGACUCUCCGGGCCAGGGGUGCGGAUUCCUGUGCUGCCCUCCCCCUGUGCUCCGGCUGUUUCGCAGCCACUCGCCUUCCUGCUGCUCCCUGUUCGGUGAACGUUCCCCCAGCUGCAGCCAGACCCUUGUGCAUCCGCACGCCCCAGUCAAUCUGUCCCACCACCGCGACCUUGGCUUGCCGGGGCGUGGCUGCUGCCAGCGACAUUCAGGGCAGGGGACACAAUGCUGGCAGCUGUCCCCGCAGCCAGCUGCAGGGGACAUUGCUCUGCUCAUAGCGCUGUGAGCCGUGGGGAUGGGGAGCGGGGUGGCCGGCGGGCCCCAGCCGGCUCCCACGAGAUUCUCCUCGCCCCACAGGUGGACUGCUACCACUCGGUGAAGGGCACCAUCUACAGCUACGGGGCCAUGACCCUCGAUGGGGACGAGUACACCCCCUUUCAGAGGUACAGCGGGAAGACAGUGCUCUUUGUCAACGUAGCCUCAUUCUGCGAACAGACCCUGCAGUACAAGGAACUGAAUGCACUACAAGAUGAGCUGAGAAACCAGGGGGUUGUGGUCCUUGGCUUCCCCUCCAACCAGUUUGGGAAUCUGGAACCUGGCAAGGACUCAGAAAUCCUCCCUACACUGAAGUACGUCCGGCCAGGAAAUGGCUUUGUUCCGAACUUCCAGCUCUUCCAGAAAAGGGAUGUGAAUGGGGCAAAGGAGCAGAAGAUCUUCACCUUUCUGAAGAAUGCCUGUCCACCAGUGGGGGAGGACUUUGGGAACCCAAACAAGCUCUUCUGGGAUCCUCUGAGGAACCAUGACAUUAAGUGGAACUUCGAGAAGUUCCUAGUGAGCCCUGAGGGCGUACCCAUCAUGCGCUGGCACCAUCGCACCAGCAUCCCUGAAGUGAAGAAUGACAUCGUGGAGUACCUGAGGAAAACACCAAGGAAGCCCUUUGUUAUAGCAGGGUCCCCUAUGAUGAAUGCAAACAAUAGGGAACAUCUGAACCAUGAGGAAGUGGAGAACCAUGGGGAACAACCUGAGGCUACGGCAGCAGAACCAUGAGGAACAGCAGGACCAGUAGAGCCUCAAGCUGGUGGCAUGAGGGCCAGCGUCCCUCCAGCUGCUUCCAUCCCAUUCCCUCCCCAGAUAUCCCACAGCAGCAGGAAUCAUGCACUGUCCCCUCCAUUGCUCCUGUCUCUCUCACUCCCCAGUCAGGAUGCUGGGCUGGGCAACCUCGUGGCAGAGACCUCAGCAAUUGCAGUGGGAUACUUCCAAUAUCCCCCUGUCCCACCUCCACCCCUGGUGGUGACAUCUCUUGGCCUCCAGCUCAACCCCCUCCACUCCACCAUCCUGGGCAGUGGGAGGAUGAAGGGGCCAGCAGUUCCUGGAGCAGGAGACCACUUCUCCAUGAAGGCUCAGCCCGAAAGCCCCCGCCUGGGGCGGGCCUGGCCUGACCGUGCCGAGC